UUAUUUUAAUCAAUUGAACAUGAGAAAAGAUGUUUAAAUUGUUAUCUCCAAGGAAAUUUAUUCAAACGUGUCUUGGAAAUCAGUUUUCAUUCUUAUCAACUCAAGCAAAUGAUGACAAUGUGUUAAUUACACAUUUAAAUAUUGACCGUGAUGCUAUAAAAAGGAUAAAUCAAUCUAAUAAAAAUAAUAUUUCUAAGAUACCAAAAGAAAAACUUAUUCAAAACUGCAUGACAAUAAAAGAAUUAGAUGUGAAUUUAACUGAGAUUCAAUAUUUAGGAAGUUGUUUAGUACUUCAUCCUACAAUUGUAAAAAGUAGGAUUUUAUUGCUUAAAGAGAUGGGGGUAAAAGAUCUUGGUUUACAUCACAUUCACAGGUUUCCAUCAUCAAUGCGCAGAUCAGUGAAACAAUUUAAAAAAAUUCACAGUAUUUCACCCAAAGAAAAUAUUAUGCAAAAUAUAAUUAAUAAUAUAGGUUUAACAAUUGAUGAAAGCAGCUUAAAUAAAUUUGACCACAGUAUGAAAACAAGUAACUUUUAUGCAUUAUGUAUGGCAUAUUAUAAAACAUUUUAUCUUCAAUUAUAUAAUAAAGCAUUUUAUGAAAAUAAAAGGCAGAAGUAUCAAAGCUUUCAAGAACUUGGAGAAUUAUUAAACAUAUUUCAGACUAAAUAUCAUUUUGAUCACAAGUUUUUAAGUACGUAUCCCUAUUUGCUCAGCCAGGAUAAAAAUAAUAUUGAACAGUUUUUAACUGAGUUUAAAGAUACGAAUAUUGUAAAUAACAAAAGCAUAAUUGAAAUAGCUAGGGAACAUCCUCGUAUCUUGUGUUAUCCUACAGCCAAGGUGAAAGAAUUAUUAAUUUUUUGUAAAAAAUUGGAUAUACCAGUUCAGUCGAUCAUUUCUUACAUAUGUACUUUAAGAUUGGAGAAGGGAGUAUUUUUGGACAGGUACAUAAAUAUACUAAAUAAUUAUGAAUUAAGUAUAUGGUCAAAGCAUCCGCGUAUGUUGAACUUGAUUUAUUUUUACAAUAAGGCUAUAACUAGAAUAGAAUAUCUUAAACUUUGUAAUCGUAUGAGUACAGCAAACGUUCAUACAUUCUUGUCUCAUGGACAAUUUUUCAUGAGAUACGUACGAGGUGAUCUAUGUCAUAUGGCUAAUAGGAAGUUCUUGUUGUAUAUAUUGUGUAAAGAAUUAGGAAAAGAUAAAGCAUCGUUAAUAAAUCGCGUUGCAAAGCACAAACAUUGGAAAAAUGUGUCAUUAUUGGUCAUAGUAAAAACAAUAGAAUAUUUGAAAACGCAUUAUUCGCUAGAAGAUAUAUGCAAAAAUAUCCAUAUUGUGCUUUAUCCGGAGUCUAGAAUUAGCGAGGCAACGAAUAUAAUUAACGAAGAAUUUACUCUAGAAAAAGGAUACCAUUUUACUUCUAGUCAACGCUUAGCGUUAUGUUUGUACAUUAUAGAAAAGAAAUAUCAUUUUAACGGAGAUGCGGUCUGGCAAGGAAUCGAUACUCAAGUAUCAGUUUUCGAAAAUUUAGAAAAAGACGAAUACGAAAUUUUCAUUGAGAAUCUAGCCACUAAUAAUAAAGCACUCCACGAUUUAAACGGAAUAGCGUGGCUCGAGUAUCUCCUACAAUAGAAUAAAAUGUUUAGACAGAUUACAUAUUUUGUUGUUUGGAAUAAAACUUUUUAUAAAA